AUGAGUCAAGUCCAGCAGUCCAGCAGUAAAUAUGCACUUAUGGGCCCAUCAGUGAUCAAUGCAUACUGCGUAGCCAUUUUUAUUGUUGAAAAAUCAGUCUAUUUAGAAGGCUAUGAACAGGGACCGUCACCCCCUACGGCCUGGGCUACUACUAGCUACUCAGAGUCAGAGAGAGAGAGAGAGAGAGAGAGAGAAUACUAUGACAAGACGGUCGAGAGUCACGCGUGUCGUCAAAGCCGGAAGACCUGUCGUCUACCAGCUCAGCCAUCGCCACGCCCCAUGGUGGAUUCACCGCCACCCCGUCACACGGGGCCAUGGUGGUCUCUGGUCAGGACAGCCUGGCACUGGUGGGCUGGCACUGUGGCACUGGCCAGUCACCAGUACCUACAGAGUACAGACCCACAGUCCAAAGAGUCGUUUUUAACUCUGACUGAUGACAUCAUAGAAAAUGACUGA